AAUUUUCCUUUCCACGACACGACAUUCAGGUCGCACGGGGGAACAGCUUCCAGUAGCAACUCUAAAAGCUGCCCCUGGUCCCAACAACCUCAAUCAUGAGCAGAGCACUCUUACGCUCCGUCUUGGAGCUCCGGACUCCAAUCACUCGGCUCCCACCCACCUUCCUCCUCCCAAUUCGCGCGAGGUGCUUCAACCAGACAGCCCAGAUCAUCGAGCCCACCCAGCAGCCCGCCAGCAGCUUCAUCCGAGGAGAGCCCCAGGCCGUCGAGUCCCAGACACCACAAAAACAACAACAACCGGCCGACACCCCCAUCAACACAACACCGUCCGUCCCGCAGUCCGCCUCCCCGCUCACCGAGCCGGACGCCUCCGUCCGCGCCCUCCUCCCGCUCCUCGCCGCGCAGCCGGGCCACUACGCGACGGUGCACAUCCACGGCCGGCCGUACCUGGUGACGGAGGGCGACCAGGUGCGCCUGCCCUUCCGGAUGCCCGGCGUCGUCCCGGGAGACGUGCUGCGCCUCAACCGGGCCACCGUCCUGGGCAGCCGCGACUACACCCUGCGGGGCAACACGGGCGGCGGGCCAGGGCGCGCGGGCGGCGGCGGCGCGCCGGCCCCCUCGUCGGCGUUCGUCGACGAGCGCCUGUUUGAGUGCCGCGCCGUCGUGCUCGGCACCGAGGCGGAGCCCAUGCGCGUCAAGAUCAAGAAGAAGCAGCGGACUAGGCGGAAGAAGCAUGUGUACAGCAAGCACAAGUAUACCAUGCUGAGGGUCAGCGAGCUGCGCAUCAACGACCUUGAGGAGAUGGAGCGUUGAGGGGCGAAAGAAGGAGAUCCCGGGAGGAAGGGGGUUCGAGGGAGUUGGAAUGAAGGGUGGCUGAAAUGGGAUGCAUCGGAUGCUGCAAUACACGGCCCGCUACUCUUGCAGGGCUUGUUCCCCAGCUGGCACGUUUCGUCUCGCCCAGCAAAGAUGUACAAAAUUAUUUGCGAUACCAGCAAAACUGUAAAUUACGUAUGGAUAGAGUGUGUGUGGCAUCAAGGAAUUAUUCAAGUGCCCAUUGUUGCCCAGCUUGUAGAACCGCUAAGG